UUCAGCUCGUUUCGCGCUUCGUCGUUUGGAAGCUUGGCCGUGUACAUGUGCAGGCUCGCUUAACAGUGUGUGGUUAAAGUGUAUUAUAAGACCUGAAGAAAGGUUUCUAGAGCUUUUUUUCUUCCUGGAAUAAUCAGUUUUUGGGCAUUAACGUUGAAGAAAAUCGUGCUUUCAGUGAUCAAAGAUUGAGUGCACAAUCAUCGACUCGGAAGUGUGUGUGUUUUGCAGGUGAACAGUGUAGUAGUGGUGGUAGUGGUGGUGGUGGUGGUGGUUAGUGUCCGCGUACACGUCCAUGUGCGGCGCGUGAAUAGCGAGCAGAAGUCGCUACCGUGCGGAAUAGUGUUGUGACCGAGUGACCCGAAGAAAAGCACAACUCCUAGUGUUUGUGGCCUGCUCGGGUGGCCACUUCCGUGUGUGUGAGUGUUCCUGUGUAUGUGUGCUGAGUGCUGAAUGUUGAAGAUGUCCUCCAUAUCCGCCCAGGGAGUGGUUGAGCGUGCCUCGGCCGAACUAUCGAAACGCAUCAACGGCCUUGGGCUGCGGUCGAAACACCAUCACGGUGGCAGCGGUGGUGGCAAAUCCGGCGAGAAGGCAAGCGUAAUGGAGCGCGUCACGAACGUGCUGUGUGGGGGCAGUAGCUCCAGCAACUCCAACAACAAUGCCGGAAACCUCACCAUACAAACCGCUGGCCAGUCACAGUCCGGUGGUGGUGGUGGUGUUGGUGGUGUUGGUGGUGGUGGAGUAGGAGUAGGGGGUGGUGGCGGUGGUGGUCAUGCACCGGAAAAACCGUCCCGUGUAUCCAACCCGUCGGGCGGUGCAAACAGCGCCGGCGGUAAGGGUGGAGGAUCGAUGAUGGGCAUGGGUUCCGGUACCGGUGGUGGCAAGUCACAGUCCAACACGCCCCAAUCCUUGCGAAAGAUUGGCCAACACCAUCAGCAUGGCGGUGGGCUGAACCAUCAUCAUCUCGGCGGGGCGGGAAAGAUGGGCCAGUCGCAGCUGGUUCUGCCGCAGAUCCUUACCAUCGAGCAGCUGCUACAGGAUGAACGAUUCUUGGCCCGGUUUUUCUUAUACUUCACGUCGUACGAACGGUGCACACUGGCGCAGGUGUGUCAGAAGUGGCGCGAUUUGCUGUACCGGAGUCCGCGCUACUGGAGUGGGCUGGUACCGGUGCUGCAGUGUCGAGAGCUGCGCCAAACCACCAACCAGGACCGGGUGAAGCUGUACAACUCGCUUAUCCGGCGCAGCUUUCAUGCGGUCUGCUUGAUGGGUGCGACCGAUGAGGAUGCGCUCGAUCUGGUGCACUCCUUCCCGCUUGCUUCGAAACACGUCCAUUCGCUGAGCCUGCGAUGUUCCUCGAUCAGUGAUCGAGGUCUCGAGGCGCUGCUAGAUCAUUUACAGUCCCUGUUCGAGCUGGAGCUCGCUGGCUGUAAUGAGAUUACUGAGGCCGGUCUGUGGGCAUGCCUGACGCCAAGGAUAGUGUCACUGUCGCUGGCGGACUGCAUCAAUGUGGCGGACGAAGCGGUCGGAGCGGUCGCACAACUGUUGCCUUCACUGUACGAAUUUUCGCUGCAGGCCUACCACGUGACAGACGCAGCGUUAGGUUACUUUUCGCCCAAGCAAAGCCACAGUCUCAGCAUUCUUCGGUUGCAGUCCUGCUGGGAGCUUACGAACCAUGGUGUCGUCAAUAUAGUACACUCGCUGCCACAUUUGACCGUCCUAUCGCUGUCGGGCUGCAGCAAGGUGACGGAUGACGGUGUGGAGCUGAUUGCGGAAAAUCUCCAGAAGCUAAGGGCGCUCGAUCUGUCCUGGUGCCCACGGAUAACGGAUGCUGCCCUCGAGUACAUUGCCUGUGAUCUGAACCAGCUGGAGGAGCUAACACUCGAUCGCUGCGUUCACAUCACCGACAUCGGCGUCGGGUACAUCUCGACCAUGCUCUCACUGUCCGCCCUGUUCCUGCGCUGGUGCACCCAGAUCCGCGACUUUGGACUGCAGCACCUUUGCUCAAUGCGUAACCUGCAGGUGCUGUCGCUGGCCGGCUGCCCCCUGCUCACCUCGUCCGGCCUGUCCAGCCUCAUCCAGCUGCGCCACCUGCAGGAGCUGGAGCUGACCAACUGUCCGGGCGCGUCGCAGGAGCUGUUCGGGUACCUACGCGAACAUUUGCCCCGCUGCCUGCUGAUCGAAUAAUCCCAUUCCGGUACCUGUCCGGUGCUCACACGCUCGCUCGCGUUGCCGAUGGGAGUAGUAAUGCGUGGAGACGUGGAGUGUGCUCCACCUGCUCGGGAUAACUAUUCCCAGGGAAUAGUUUAACACAUUCUCUGUGUGAAAUCUUAGGUUUUUUUUCUCUAUAACUUGUAAGUUGUUUUAAGAAUCCAGACGAUUAAUUGGCCUACGCAAAAAAAAUUGCACUAGAAUUCCGAACUUUUUUGCAGCACGAUUUGUGCGUGCUUUUUUAAGGUAAGCAUCCUAAUACUCGAUUGACUAUCUCUAUAUACCAAAAAAAAUGGGCAUUAUGGCCGUAUCAGUUGCGUCCUUGUUUGACUCGUCUUAUGCAGCAACGCUUCGAUAUAAUUUUACAACUCUCUUUUUACUCACAGUUUUUAAACCAGUUCCCUUUUCUACACAUAGUAGCACUCUGUAAUAACCCUUUAGCUGAAACGAUUCCUAUACACACAGACCGUACGACAAAAGAGCACUACUACUAACAAAAACAAAAAACCGAUCGCUUAAGAAUAAUGUUAAUCCAAUGUUUGUUUUUAUUUCUUUACUGCUGAUGUUCCAGAAGCGUUUGUAAAAUGUUUAAAAAAGCAAAAGAAAAUGCGAAACGAAACAUUUACUUUUCCUACUACAUAUAAAAAACGAUAAGUAAACAAAAAAAAUCAAACGAAGCUGGAAAAGAUGGCAAGCAGGAAACAAAUGAUGCUACAAAAGAAGAAGUAAAAAGCAAAACCAAAAACUCAUCUCAUUUUGUCGAAUGUUAAAUGGCUGUGUAGAUAAAGUGUGUAUAAAACAAAGUAAGCAAACAAAAAGGCCGAAGAGAAUGUAGGAAUGAAAAAAACUGCUAAUAUUAUAGCCGAGUAACAAGACAUGCAGACGAGACGAGAGCAGCUAAGCUAAAAAUUAAUACAGAGAAGAAGCAAAACAAAAAGCGGAAAAAGAAAAGAUUGAAAAGCUAGUGUUAUAAAAUAAUUAGAAAAGAAAGUCCUUCACCUCUAAAAAAACAAAACAAAAAAACAAAUAGCCCGGUGUGCGUGUGUGACGUGUAUGAAGAAAGUGUUUAAAAACAACUUGAAUGUUCAAUGGAGAAAAAAGAAACAAUUAUAAAUAAUGUGUUAGUAGAAGAAGCAGAAAGCUAGAAGUGAGCAAAGAAAGUACACACACACACAUUUGUUACAGCGUAUAGAGAAACGUUACAAAAAAACAAUAUAGCGCAGCAGUAGCGAAAAACGAAAAGUAGAAAAGGAGAAACAUAAGCGUUAUGAUUGAAACAAGAAAAAACAAAAGGAAACAAAAGAGAAGAAAAACAAAUUAAACAACACCCAUUAUAGCAAACAAAACUCGGGCGGUAUUAUUGCUAAUAAUUAAGAAAACGGUUGAAACAAACACAAUUGGUACAAGUUAAUGUAUGGAGUGGCACAGUGGGAAGCGUGCAAGGACAGAAACGUUGGCGUAAAGCGAGCGCCUUAGUAUUCAUUGUACAUAUGAUUUUUUAAACCUGACAAGACUUGACGUAGUAGUGAUCCCCGUGUGCGUGUGUGUAUGUGUGUCGCAUAAGUACGUGUAUGUGACACACUUAUUAUGCUGCUGGUGCGUUCGUGUUAAAGUGCGUAAUGUGAGGUUAAGUAGUGCAUACCAGUUAUUAAAAAGCGAUACAUUAAGCAAACCAAAGCGCUGAAUGAAGAUAUAAUGAAAAAAGUUUAAUAAGAAGCUUACCCUUUAAUUAAACUCACUCUCUCUUUCUCUCUCUUAUUUCUCCCACCGUAAAAUAAAAUGGAGAAAAAGAAGAGGUAAAGAAACAAAAUAAUAAUAGUAAAAAAA